AUGAAAGAGUUCAAGAUUUUCGUCGGCCUCACCCCCGACCACAUGAUGCAAGUCCUCCACUCCACCCUCAAAGACGACUCCACACCGGAGACGUUCCCGCUCGCCUACCACACGCGCGACGACGUCUGCUUCCCGACCCAGUAUCUCAAGAUUGUGCCCCUCACUGCACACGGCCAAAGCUUUCACAUCUCGAUAUGGCACGUCGCACUCGCCGGAACCGCAGAAUCGGGCUACAUCAAGAGGCACCGCGAAGAAGUCGUCCUCCGACGCAUCCUCAAGCACCUCCGCCAACGCCGCCUCCUCACGCCCUUCCACUCCAUCCUCGCGCGCUCAACGCUCUACUUCGAACACCCGCUCGUCACCGCCCUGCACGCCGCCCUCGUCCUGCGCGGCGACUGGCCGCACGCCGAGGCGCUCGUCCGGCAAGCCUCCGACUCGGGCCUGUUCGCCGCGUACCUGCAGGCGUGCCAGCCGCACGCGCGCUGGACGCGCAUCCGCGGCACGGACGCGGACGGCGACGUCCCGUGCCGGCGCGGCGGGCACGCCAUGUGUCUCGACUCCGAGAACGGGCUCGUGUACCUGUUUGGCGGGUGGGACGGCGCGAAGAGUCUCGAUGAUUUCUGGGUGUAUGAUGUGAGGCGGGACCGGUGGCGGAUUCUGAGCGGGAGCACGGCGAUGGAGAAGAACGGGCCGGUCGCGAGGAGCUGUCAUAAGAUGGUGUUUGAUAGUAGGACGGGGAGCAUUUAUUUGCUUGGGCGACUGGGCGAUGGGGAUGUGUUGCAGGGGAGCGGGGGAGGGGGAGGGGCCGGCGAGGACGAUGCGGCGUCGUCGACGAGGGCGGAGGAGAACGCGCCGCGCGAGGGCGGUGCUGGGGAAGGGCGGAGAACGGCGUUUUGCUCCGAGUUUUAUAGGUACAGGACGAGAGGGAUCGACCAGGGCAAGUGGGAGCUGCUCUCGUUCGACACGGCGAGCUCGGGCGGCCCGCCGCUGAUCUUCGACCACCAGAUGGUGAUGGACAGCAACACGCAGAUUCUCUACGUCUCCGGCGGACGCGUCGUCGACGGCGACUGGGAGUCGCCCAAGUACUCGGGUCUGUACAGCUACAACGUCCGCACGAGCAAAUGGAAGCUCCUCCAACCCACCAACGCCUCCUCGGGCGGAACAACGAUCCCCCCGCGCUUCGGACACUCGAUGGUGCUCGACCCGAUCGCGGGCACACUGUUCGUCUUCGCGGGGCAGCGCGACGACAAGUACCUCGCGGACAUGUACGCGUACGAUCUGCACAGCGACACCGCGUACGAGCUCUUCUCCAACUUCUCCGCGCCCGACGACUCGCCGUCGCAUCCCCGCCCCGCGUCGUCGUCGUCGUCGUCUGGGGCCAGCGGACACCGCGGUGGUGGGUACAGCGAGAGCGGGGCUGGGGCGCAUACACACGCACACGCACAUGCACACGCACACGCGCGAGGACGCGUGCGCGAUCGAGCUUCCGGCGGCGACAGCAGCAGUGGCGCUGGAGGAGGAGGAAGCGGCGGAGCACGGGGAGCAGGAGGCGGAGGCGGAGUAGGACCCGGCCCAGACGCAUGCUUCACGCAGCGCGCGGUGAUCGACCCCGCGCUCAAAGAGAUCUACGUCUUCUGCGGGCUCACGCGCGCGCAGCAGACGAGCCCGCUCACGGUCCUGCGCGCGGACGCGCCGAACUGGGUGUAUACGUAUGCGAGCCCGACGAGGCCUGGCGUGUGGACGCAGAUUUUGCCGGAGGUGCCGGGUGGGUUCCGAGGUGCGGAGGGGGCGGAAGGUGGAGGGGACGGGGAGGGAAGGACGAUUGAGGCGCCGUUGCCGCGGUACGCGCAUCAGGUGGUGUAUGACGAGGGCACGAAUACGGUGUUUAUGCACGGCGGAAACGCAGGGGAGGGGCUCGCUGUGGAGAUGGACAGGGACAGGGACAGGGACAGGGAUAGGGACGCGGAUAUGGAGAGCGAGAUGGAUGUGGACGGCGAUGUGCCCACGGAGGACGGCGGCUCGCCGGAUGAGAACGUGUCGCCGCCGCGCUCGGAGCGUGCGUCGCCCGCCGGUGGGGACGCGGAUGGGGAGCGCGAAGACCCGGGUGCGGGGGAGGCUGAUGGCGACGAUCGAGGGAGCCGGAGUCGGGGAGGGAGGGCGCGGGUGCGGGCGAGGGCGAGGAGACCGCGGUCGAAGGAGAUGCGGCUCGAUGAUUUCUGGCGGAUGCGACUGAGCAGGGCUGCGCCGGGGGAGGUGGUCCGGCAGGCGACGUACGAGAUCAGGAGGCAGCAGUUCCGAGAGAUGUGCGAAGGAGAGCGGGGCGUCAAGGCGCUGCGCUUUCUCCAGACGGAGGUCUCCGCCGUCGUGGACCACGCGAGCCCCGAGGAGACGGCUGUGUUCCGCUCGCUGCUCGCGCACCUCUUGUCGUCCCCCUCGUCAUCGCCACCUUCGCCGGAGGCAGAUACAGGGUCGUCGUCCACCGCCGCUCCCCGGACAGGCGGGGAAGACGUCGACGUCGACAUGCGCGUCGGCCCUGCCGCAGGACACGCUCAUCAACGCAGCGCACACGCUCACACGUCCCCCGGAUACGGAGAUGGAGAAGAGGAGGAGGGGGAGGAGGGGGAGGACCACGAGCAGGAGUGGACGUCUACCCUCGACGAGGACGGCGAGGACGAAGACGACUCGGAAGAGUACGACUACGACAUGCUCACGGAGCGCUCGUCCCCCGCGCUGCCUGCGUCCGGCCGGCCGUCCCGCUCAUCGUCUCGCUUUGGCGCUGGCGCGGGUGCGGGUGCGGGUGCCGUCGCAGCUGUGCGCAAGGGCGGCAACGGCGGUGUUCACGACGUGCUCGCGCUGGGCGUCGACCCGCUCGAGGCGAGCAUGCGCAACGAGAGUCUCAGAGGCCGCGACGCCGGCCGUGCAGGCGCUGCAAGUGGGAGCGCAAGCGCAGGUGGGAGCGGAAAUGCAAGUGGGAAGCAAAUAGAGGGAGGUGCCGCGGGCGCAGGCGCAGGCGCAGGCGCGUUGGGUGACGAGGUGAAGGCGCCAGGGGCAGAGCGGUGGGAGCAGAGGACGCGGGUGUUUGAGGGGCUGCUGAGGUUCUUUGGGGAGGAGUGUAAGCAGCCGGACGAGAGCUUGGUGGAUGGUGUGGAUUUUGAUGAUUGA